AUGGCCGACGAAACAGAAAAGCCAAUACCGGAAGCGGUAAAAAUGUCUGUAUUUACACCAUUAAUUUAUGUGGGUGUUGUACUUACAGCGUUUAUGAUUUUUUCGAUAUGGUAUAGGAAGAAAAGGGUCGACAAGUUUAAGGAAGUGAAACCAAUAUUUAAAGAAAACUCUAAUGCUCUUAUAUAUCAGGAAUUGAAAAGUCAAUACACGGAUCCAAAUUUGGCAAAAGAUAAAAAGCCCCACGAGAAGGUUAUGAAGGCAGCUUUAUUGAGAAGAGCAGCGGAAGCAAUUAGAAGAUCCAUGAAGUUGAAAGAAAACGAACCGAUAUUUCAUAAACUAUACCAAAACGGAUUGAUUGGUGAUGACAUGUUCAAACAACUAGAGUUUCAAAUCAAAUUUCAGGAAAUCGAAUUGAAAGAUAUUGUUGUGGAGUGCGAGCUGUACAAGAAAGGGUGGUCGCAAACUUUUUUUCCUUUAGCACAAGAGAUUUGUUUCAAUGAAGCUUUGAGACGAAGAAUGAAUGCUAUGGAUGAGAGAUUUGAGAACUUAUCCCAAUUGUGGGAUUACCAGGCAAGUCCAUCUAAAUAG